UGGGAUCUGGGGACCAACUGACAAUUUUGCGCGCCAUUUCAUGAAAGGCCUAAACAACAUUGGCAGUUCGCAGAAGUCGAAGAUCAUUUUUGUUUAUCGAUUUCAGUUUGAAUUUCACAAAGAAAAGUAUUGAAAAUGGUGUUAGAUGUUGGGGUUCGAGAGAUUUUUAUUGAUGCACAGCGCAAAGUGAAUGUGCGAGCCAAUCUUGUUUCAAAACUAAAGAAGAUUUAUGAGACCGACGAGAAAGAGUUCUUUGCUGCUUUCACAAAACUUGCUAAGCACUCAUUGGUUGUGUACACAAGAGAACCGGCUGUUGAACGAACUAUCGACUUUAUUGUUGCAUUUGCCGUUGCAGAACACAAUAAAUCGCCUUCAAAGGUUCAUGAACAAUUACAGAAUGGAAAUUUCAGUGAUGAGGAAGAAGAAGUCAUGAGUCCUUUCUUGUCAAACUUUUUUAAUUUCCUGCUUGACCUACAUGACUCUCACUCCAAAGCUGUUAGAUUUCGAGUUUGCCAAAUUAUCAACAAACUCUUUGACGGGCUCUCUGACAAUAUUAGCAUAGAUGAAGAGCUUGCCAAUCGCGUCUAUGACUGCAUGCUAAUAAGACUGAUUGAUAAGUUCCCAAUCAUUCGUGUACAAGCAGUGAAAGCCAUAUAUAGACUGCAGGAUGUUCAAGAUCCCAGCUGUCCUGUCAUUGAAUCCUUUAUCCACUUGAUGGAAAAAGAUAGCAGUCCAGAUGUGAGAAGAGCUGCACUUCAAAACAUUGCUGUGACCCACAAGACACUUCUCCAUAUUCUUAAUAGAACAAGAGAUGUAAAGAAUGCAGUACGUAAAGCAGCAUAUGAAGUUUUGGCAGAAAAGGUGAAGAUAAAAUCAUUAACAAUUGCCCAGAGGUUAAAACUUCUUGAUGAUGGAUUGAAUGAAAGGUCAGCUAUUGUGAAGAAGGCAUGUAUAGGUACACUACUGAAAGCUUGGCUGGUUGACCUAGAUGAAAAUGUCCCUUCGCUACUCAAAUGCCUUCAUGUUGAAAGUUCACCUGAAACAUCUCUUCUGGCACUGAAGGCUUUGUUUGAAAAUGCUACUGAGGAUGCAGUCAAGAAGCAUAUUCAAUACCUGAGAGAUCUUCCCCAAGUUGAAGCAGAAUCAGACUGUGUACUAAUUGAACAUGAUCACCUUGUGCCUGAGGUUGCAAUCUACUGGAGAUCAUUGGCACAGCAUGUUAAGUCAAUGGAUAAUAAUGAUGAGCUAAUGGAGUCAUUGCUACCUCUUGCUUCAGAAUUUUGUUGCUAUGUAGAAAGGUUUGCCAGCAAUCACAAGCUGGUAGAUGAAACAGGUGGAGAUGACGAGGCUGUGCAGCAGGCUGAUUUUGUCAUGCAGCAGUUGUUGUUAUUGUGUGGGUGUCUUGAUUACACCGAUGAAAUUGGAAGAAAAAAGAUGCAAACGCUUACCCGAAAGCUGUUUCUUGACGAAAACACCCCUUUCACAUUGGUUGAGAAUUUGGUGGCUAGGUUUGUAGAAACAGAAACAGACGAAGAGAAGUGUUUGCAGUCUUUUGUUGAAUUCAUUGCCGAGAUAAAAGAACCAAUGAUUGUAGAGGAGGUUGCUAAAAAUCCUGAAGAUGUAAGAAAAAAGGAAAUUGAGCUUGCCAAGCUAAAAAUAGAACUCAUAGAGCUCAGGGAAUCGUUGGAUGAAGCAAUAAAAGAGGAACAGUUUACCAAAGCAGCCGAAGUUAAAGAGCAGAUCGCAAAAUUAGAGGAAAGUGCAAACGACCUUAAAAAUGCCAGUCAGCCACAAAGUCAAGCUAUCCGAGUAGAAAAAAACGACUCUUUUACUAUUCUGAAGUGCCUGUACAUUGCUUCUGAAAUGCUGCAAAAAGUCCACAAGAGAGUGCUUACACCUACAAUUAAAUCGUUGGCAGAAACUUUGAUUUGGCCCUCAGUACAAGAUGAAGAUAUGUUGAUAAGAAAUGCUGCAAUCAAAUGUGUUGGGCUUAUCUCAUUGCUAGACAAGGACUUUGCCACUGAAAACUUUGUGUUGUUUCUUCAAGCUGCACAGAUUGACACGGAACUAGUUCAAAUCACUGCAACCCAAGUGAUCUUUGACUUAAUCCAGCUGUACGGAUUUGAUGCAUUUGAGACCAACAAAAAUAGCGCCCCUGUUAAUCAACAGCAGAAGAAUGGUUUCCCGGAAGAUGAUGAUUCUUCCGAAGAUGGCCAGAGUCCAACACAAAACUCUGACAGUGAAGCGCGUAGCCUUUUGUCUCUUGGCACUGGAGAGCAGGCUAGUGCUUCGGAGAUAAUAUUAAAUGCCCUUGUUGUGCUGUUAGAUGGAGAGAGUCCCGAUAUUCGCUUUGUUGUUGCUGAAGGCAUGUGCAAACUUUUAUUGUCUGGCCGUAUACGGAGUGCGAAACUUUACGCGCAUUUGGUUCUUUUGUGGUACAAUCCUGCAGUUUCUGACGAUUUUAAGUUGAAACAAUGUCUUGGAGUGUUCCUGCCAAAUUUCGCGUUAGCCUCAAGAAGCAACCAAGAACUUGUUGAAGAAUCCUUCUUUCCAAUACUGGAGACGUUAUUUGAUGCACCCGAUUCGUCCCCGCUAACUGAAGUUGAUCCUUUGAUUGUCGUUGAGUUGUUGGUUCAACUAACUAGCCUUAGGAAUCGACAGAACCAUGCUACUUCAAACGGCUUUCCGCCUACCGCUGAUCAGGAUUUCAACGUACAUGACUCGAUGGCAGUCAAAGUGGCGAAUGAAAUUCUUUCUGAAUCGGACAACAUUGAUCUUCGCAUGUUGUGCAAAACCUUGUCAUUGCUUGAGAUAUCACCUGGAAAUGAGAUGGUUGUCAAAGAUCUGAGCAUUCUCUGUAACCGUAUAUUGGAGGAUCUUGAUGACAAAGUUUGUUAUAAGUUUAUUCAAAAGUUUCAAGCAACCUUGCCAGUUUUGGACAAAGAAGUUUCAGAUCAAAAUUCUGUUCCUCCCGAUUCAAAUACUGCCAUACAGGAUGAUGACAAUCAAAUAAAAAGCCCGGAAAAUGAGCCAGAAGACGUUACCAUGGUAGAUGCUGCUGCAGAAAUGUCGACACAAAAUAACAACACACAAAGUAAACGGAUGCGUGGUACACGGCCUUCAGCUGCAAGAUCAAAAUCGCAAAAGAAAACGGGAAGAGGGACAAAUAGAAGUCAAAAGAAAGAUAUUGUUAAAGAUGCUUCGAAUGAGGAGAGGGAAACCCGUGAAUCUAAUGUAAAGCCGACUCGACGGGUGCUUUCAAGUCGGGCAAGCAAAACGGCAGCCUUAGAAUCGACAAGAAUGAACCUCGAAUCCGUUCUCCUUUCUGAAGAUUCCAAUGAAAGCGAGGAAGAAAUACAGACUGACAGUUCGCCAGAAUUCGACUAAAAAUUUAGGACAAUUCACGCAAUAUGCCUUUUGGUAAGGUACGUUGGUGCGGUUUUGUAAUGGCAUCGACUCGGCAAUCACAAAACCAACGAUUGAUCAUAACAUGGACAGAGAAAAACAAGUUUUAUUAACUCUAAUCCGAAUUUGUAAAGAUGUAUCUUAAAGUAUUCUAAAUUGGUCUUUUCAGUAUCCAAGCACAGUUUUGCGACUCCUACUUAUGCUUUGUCAAGAAUUUUUCCUAAGUUCGAGAAAUAGACCGCUUUGUAAGCUCCAGAGCGUUGGAAAUAAUACCGUUCUGAGAAGCCCCUUGGGGACAGGGUGGUUAGUUGGUGUCGCUAGUGUUACUUCAAAAGGGUAUUCCGAAUAAUGGCCCAUUUUUUUCAAAAUUGAUUACGAGUCCCAUCCUUUCCUUCUGCUCAGAAGUAAAAUGCGAUGUGCUUUUUAUGAGCACGUUGACUUUUGUUUUCAAGCUAGCUCCACGUGACAUAUUUCUGUUAAUCCUCAAGUAUAUAAGUUAAAUUGCCUCGGUACAAUCUAUCUUGGUAAACGACUCGUUUUACAUUUCAUAAACAACUAGUUGCUAAGGAACAAAUGUCUUAUUUUCUUACGUAACCAUUUCGUCUCGAGUUAGCCUUUCCUACUUAAUUUUGUUGUGGAGACGAACCUUAAUUUGUUCGUGUGAAUGAACUAUAUAAGUUCCACGGCUUUAUUUUCACAUCACAUAAUAUAUUCUGGGGUAGAAACAUUCAUGGAACUUAUUGGAACAAGCCAGUCUAGAAUCAAAAGACAAUUUAGAGAAGCGGGUGUCUUGAGAAAAAUGUGAAUAAAACUCUGGUUUAUAGGAUGGAAUUAUGAUGUAUAGUUGUUUUUAUUAUUGUUUUCAUGACUUUGAAGCGUUUUGAAGCCCUAUGAAAGGGUAAUUCCUUGUGCGAGCCUUUGAAACAUUUUUCUCAUUGGUUCGGACAAAUUGAUAGACCAAUAGUCAUAAACAAUGGAAAUCUUGAUUCGUCUCCCAAACAAAAGAAAUGUAUUGUGAAUUCUCCUCUAGCCUCUAGCCACGUAUUUUAUUGCUUAUUUUCAAGUUUAUUAUAUCCGUCCAGAAGCUCCUUCUAAAAAUCUUUCCCCUUUCAAAGAUGAUUUUCAUCAAAAGCCAGUCGAUGCUCUUCUGUCCCAUUGACUCUGAAAGAGCUAUUAUCAAAAUGCAGUGGAAUCUCCACUAACGAACGCCUCUAUACAACGGACACCUCUCAACAACGGACAGUUUCACUGGUCCGAACGGUGUCUAAUAUGAGGGGGUAAUUUAAUGUUCUUAUAAGAUUGCAUUUUGUUGUUGGUCUUGUAUUUGGUCCCAACCAAAAAAUGAUAUUCAAUCUUUGAAUAGUCUUGUAUUUUUGAGUAGAUUUAGAAACCAUAUGAAGUUAAAA